CACAUAGACGAGUAUGCGCACUUUUUCUAUGUGUCAAACCAUGAAAAAUACUUAAUUCUUUAUAUUUUCUAUAAAAAUCGAAAACACAUCAGAAAGAUAAUCGAGCAUUAGAAUAGCAGUUAUUGCAAAAAAAGUUAAGUGCUGAAAACCGGUGUGAAAAAACGUUUACUUUUAAUUUUUGUUUAUCAGUGAUUGUUGGUGACGUUUCCCUUUCUACGUGUAUUUUUUAAUAAAAUUCGAUUUACCGUCGUGGGACCGUGAAAUUGGGGUUUAUGUAGUAGUUAAACCAAAAAUGAAGACGUUUAUCGUUUAUUUUUCUUUAUCCCUGUUAAUUUUCAACUGCAAAGCUUUUUACUUACCAGGCCUUGCCCCUGUAAAUUAUUGCAGAGAAGAAGACGAAUCCAGCAAAUGCAAGAAAACUGUUGAACUAUUUGUAAACAGACUAAACAGUGAAGAAUCUGUUAUUCCCUAUGAGUACAGCCAUUUUGACUUUUGUCUCCCUGAAGACGAUGAAAAGUCCCCAGUGGAAAAUUUGGGCCAGGUAGUGUUUGGAGAGAGAAUUAGACCGUCCCCGUAUAAAAUAGACUUUAUGAAAAAUGUCACAUGCCAAGAGGUGUGCACAAAGAAAUAUGACAAAAAGAAGAACAACCUCUUGAGCAUAUUGAGAAAAAGUAUAAGUUUGAACUAUCAUCACCAUUGGAUCAUGGAUAACAUGCCCAUAACCCAUUGCUAUCAGACUGAAGACGGAAAGCAGUAUUGCAAUACUGGUUUUCAGAUGGGUUGUUACACCAAAAAUGACAGGGCCAAUUGUAUUGAUCGUGGUAAUGGAGAGGAAGCUUAUUAUGUAUACAAUCAUGUUGAUUUAAACAUAACCUAUCAUUCUGGAGCAAAGGAAGAAUGGGGUACCAGUUUCAAGGAGAAUGGGGGCAGAAUUAUAUCUGUUAAAGUUAUACCCAGAACAAUUGAUUAUAAGGGAAAACCCUGUCAGAUCUCCAACACAGAACCAUUAAAACUUCCUUUGAAAGACCUCACAAAAGACCAAACAUACCAAAUAACAUAUACAUAUUCAGUGACUUUUGUGCAAAAUAAUAAUGUAAAAUGGUCUUCGAGAUGGGAUUACAUAUUGGAGUCUAUGCCCCACACAAAUAUUCAGUGGUUUAGCAUUUUGAAUUCCCUUGUUAUUGUCCUAUUUUUAACUGGCAUGCUGGCCAUGAUUUUGUUGAGGACUUUGCACAAGGAUAUUGCUAGGUACAACCAAAUUGAUAAUGGAGAAGAUGCUCAGGAAGAGUUCGGAUGGAAACUCGUCCACGGAGACGUCUUCAGGCCGCCUCGUAAAGGCAUGCUGCUCUCCGUUCUGCUGGGUUCCGGCGUACAGGUGCUCUGCAUGACGCUGGUUACGCUGGCGUUCGCGUGCCUCGGGUUCCUCAGUCCGGCCAACAGGGGCGCUCUCAUGACCUGCGCGAUCGUGCUGUACGUCUUGCUAGGAUCGCCUGCGGGAUACGUCAGCGCCAGGAUCUACAAGAGCUUCGGAGGAGAGAAGUGGAAGUCAAACGUUUUGUUGACUUCCAUGUUGAGUUCUGGAAUCGUAUUUGGGCUCUUCUUUGUAAUGAAUCUUGUGUUAUGGGGCAAAGGUAGCUCAGCUGCAAUACCAUUCACAACCCUUUUAGGUCUCUUAGCACUUUGGCUUUUGGUAUCAGUACCUCUGACGUUCGUGGGAGCCUUAUUCGGCUUUAGAAAAAGAGCUUUAGAACACCCAGUAAGAACAAACCAAAUACCCAGACUUAUUCCGGAGCAAUCGAUUUACACGCAGCCGAUCCCAGGAAUAAUAAUGGGCGGAGUUUUACCGUUUGGAUGCAUCUUCAUCCAACUCUUCUUCAUCCUGAAUUCGAUUUGGUCCUACCAAAUGUACUACAUGUUCGGGUUUCUGUUCCUGGUUUUCAUCAUCCUCGUCAUCACCUGCGCGGAAACCACGAUUCUGCUCUGCUAUUUCCACCUCUGCGCGGAGGACUACCACUGGUGGUGGAGAUCGUACCUCACUUCCGGCUUCACCUCCGUUUAUUUGUUCAUGUAUUGCUGCCACUACUUCUACACCAAGCUUCAAAUCGAGGACGCCGCUUCGGCCUUCCUCUACUUCGGCUACACCCUCAUCAUGGUGUUUUUGUUCAACCUCUUGACCGGCACAAUCGGCUUCUUCGCCUGCUUCUGGUUCAUCAGGAAGAUCUACAGUGUCGUCAAAGUGGAUUAAAUGCGCUAUCGCACACCUAACAUAAUCCUUUUGUAUAUACUAUAAGUCACCUGUAUUAUAAUGGAUAUUAUAAUGCAUUAAUAUAACCAAAUUAUUGGUAGAUUUAAUGAUUUUUUUUUAAAUUGAAGCCAGUGUUCUCUCCAAAUGAGUUUAUUUUAUUCGGGCAGUCCUUUGUAAACAAAUACGUACUGAUUGGGGUGUUAUUUUUUGUUUUUCACCGAAACUCCAACAUAUUGUUCAUAGCAUCGAAAAAAACUCCCUCAACGUUUGAGCCCUUAAUUUUGAUUUGCUUCCUUUUUCAUUUUAAAUUUUUCCCAUUUAAAAACUAUGAAUUUUCAAUCACUUUUUUUUAAAUGUCUUUAUCUUUGCAGAGUUUUAAGCUAUCAUAUUGUGGUUCAUUCUUACUUACAGAGUAUUUAAAAAUUUUUAAAAGAGACUAUAAGAAUUUUUCUCUAGCUCAAUUCACCUUCAUUUUUUUUUUUUUACUUUUUUCACAUAUUUUUGAAAAUAUUAAGAGAAUUGCUUGUCUUGCCAAAAAAUUUUAAAAGAAAAAGUUGUAGAAAAUUUAGUUCUCUACAAAAAACUUUUAUGUUUAUAUCGCUAAAAUGCACAGUUUACAAGAUAUUUAAUAGUCAUGGAAUCGCAUUUAAGACAAAUUAAUCUCAAGAAAACAAAUUUUUCAAAUUUUUAAAUAUUAAACGGCUCAUAUCUUGUAAACUGUGCACUUUAGCAAUAUACGUAAAGGUACGGACUUUUUUGUAGAGAAUUAAAUUUUCUACAACAUUUUCCAAGCCAUUCUCGUAAUGUUUUUAAAAAUAUGUAAAAAAAGUAAAAAAAAAAAUGACUUUCAUAACUGAUAUUAUCAAGGUGAAUCAAGUUACAGAAAAAUUCUUAAAGGCUCUUUUAAAAAGCGUUAAAUACUCUGUAAGUAACAAUGAACCACAACAUGAUAGCUUAAAACCCGACAAAGAUAGAAAUUUUAAAAAACAUGCUUAUCAAAUUGAAAAAAUUCAAAAUGAAAAAGAAAUCAAAAUUAAGGGCUCAAACUUUUUUUCGAUGUUUUGAACAAUAUUUUGGAGUUUCGGUGAAAAACAAAAAAUAGUCGUUUUAAAUGAAACGCCCUAGUGCUGAUUAUUCAUUUUAUUGAAUAUUUAAGUAUUUUUCACAUGUGGAAACGAUAAGUAUUGUGUGAUUUAAUUGUAAAAUAGUAGAAUAAAUUUUAUUGUGAAUUAUUUGUUUUUUCAGUUGGAUGUGUAUUGUAAUCAAAAAUUACUUUUGACAAUAAACAUUGCACAAUCAAUAUUAAUUAAUUUAAUUAAAAUUACAAAUGUACUUAUUUUUAAUUUAUAUAAAUACACAUUUUUAUUCA